GCAGAUUCAGCACUUGAUUGACACCGUGUUCACACUGAGCUGACAUUAGGCCCAACCCUCUCCACGACAACAUCACCGUAGUGAGACAAAUAUUCCUCCACGUAUUUGACCUUCUGCUGUCGCCUGAGUUGUUCUUACACAUGUUACAACAGAUAGUGUCGCAGAUUCUGCGGCAGCGCCGCUGCGACUCCUCGGCCAAGCUCAGACUUGUUGCGCACGUGACAGGUUCUCGUCGUCCCACUCCACCUGAACAGGUAACAGCUGCUCACACGCCCCGCUUCACACGCGGGAGCGCAGCGGCGCGUGGAGGCCAUGGGUCGCGGGGAACUAGCGGGGACUCCGAGCUCGGACUGCGACCUUCGCUGACGCGGCGGAUCCGCGGACGCCGUGGAAUGGCUCCCACGCUGCUCCGCGUGCCCGUCGCCCUCCUCGUGCUGCGCCUCAGCCUGUUUACGGCGACGAGCCUGGAGACGGUGAACCGAGACGCACCUGAAGUCACCUGCAGCGAGGGUUUGAGUGACUGCCGCGUGAGCCCAGCUUCUCUGUGUCUCGACUCCAGCGAGUCCGUGGACGUGAGCGAUGUGGGGCUCCAGGUGCUUCUGUGCUGCGCAGACGCGCACGACUGUCAUCCCUGCCUGCAGAUCACCGUCUCGCUGCGAGUGGAUCGUGGACUCGACGUUUCUGGAGAGUUUGAGUUCCACGGCGAUGAGGAGGAGUCCAGCGACAAGCUCGACACGGCAGAAGGCAGCGCUCAUAAGUCAGCAGUGGUUCUGGGUGUGUGUCUCAGCAGCCCAGUCAUGAGCCCACUCAACAUGAGGAUAGAGUUCACCCCGAGCGCCUCCUCGUGGCGCCGCCCGUCGCAUCCGGCCACGCAGAUGGUGCAGCUGGUGCUGAAGCAGCGGCUGCUGUUUGACAGUGCUGUGGAGGUGGACGUGUCCUCAAACAGAAGCAGCAGCGUCCGAACCAUCACCGUGCCGUCGCUGGAGGACGUUUGCCUACAACACACAGACACCGUGAAGGACUGUGAUGCUCCCAGGCUCAGAGUUGUGCUGGACCAUGAGAGAGAGCGGGUCCACCUGGAGCUGGUCGGCCCAGAACCCAGCCAGACCCAGUUCAUGUGCCAGAUGUUCUGGGACGACCCGCAUGGAGUCACACGUAAAUGUCCCAAAGGAAAGGACAUGAACAUUUCUUUGAAUCUCGUCGUGCCGUGUCUCUGCUUCCAGGUGUGGUGGAACGACAAGGACAUUCGGAGAAACGUCUGCCCAUUCAAAGACCAGCAAGAAGCACAUGAAAGAAUGCAGAAGAACGUGUUUGUGACGAUGGCGCAGUUCGCGGCAGGGACGCACACGGCGCUGCUCUGGAACGUGAGCGCCCCCUGCAGGCUGGAGGCGGAGGUGUGGCUCUGCAAGAAGGACGCGGUGGGAGGCGAGUGCCAGGAGGUGACGGGCUCCAGACAGGCGCUGCUGGGCCACCGGGCCUGGACGGUGACGGGCAGCACACACUGGAGUCAGUCGGGAGAGUUCAACGCCACGGCGCAUCCUCUGCUUUGUCUACAGAUCAGGAUGAACUCGUCCUACUUGGAGCCAUAUUGCCCGUUUGCAGCGUCCCGUUGGAGGUGGGGCCUGUCGGUGCUGCUCGCCCUGCUGCUCGUGGGUUUGGCCGUGCUGGGAGCCUACCUGGUUCAAGGGGUCCUGAAGGGCUACGUGUGGAGAUGGCUGAAGGAAGAAGAUGUUAAAGGCGCCGUGGGUGGCGGUCACGUGGUCCUGCUCUACCCCCCCGAUGAUGACAAGGCGCUGCCGGGGCUCAUGUGCCACCUGGGCUCAUCGCUCCGGGCCCUGGGUUUCAGCGUGUCUCUGGACCUGUGGAGCCAGGCGGAGCUGGGCGCGCUGGGCCCCGUCCCCUGGCUCCACUCACGGCUGGACCAACUCAAGAGACAAGGGGGCAAGGUGGUGCUGGUCCUGACGCAGGCCGCCUGGAUCCGGGCGGAGGAGUGGGGCGCCCACGGCUGCAGCCGGAGGAGCAGGGACGCGGAGGAGGAGGAGGCGAAGGGGAGGGCGCGCCUUCAGGCCUCGGGGGACGUGUUCAGCGCCUCGCUGAGCUGCGUUCUGGCCGACUACCUACAGGGCCGCGCCGGCGAACGCUUCACCCUGGUGCAGUUUGAGUCCCUCCCACCCGAGCCCCCGGGCGGCUUCCGGCCGCUGCCACAACUGUUCCGCGGGCUUCACCUUUACAGCCUCCCCUCCCAGAGCCUGGGCUUCCUGACGGAGCUGGCCGGGGCCCGGCAGGCGGCCUCGGCCGCGGCCCGGCGGAGGCGGGCGGGGGGGCUCAGGAUGGCGUCCCGCGCGCUGGCCAGCGGCCUGGCCAGCUUCACGGCGGGGACGGCGGUGCUGCGCCUCGCGGGCGUGUCCCACGGCCGAGCAGAGGAGGGGGAGACGGUGCCCCUGCAGCCCUGUAUGCUGACCCCCCCCUCCAGCCCCGACGCCAGCCCCAAGCUCAGUGACAGGGUUUGGCUCUGACCCCACGGAGCUCCUGCACCAAACUGCACCUUUGGGAUAAUGGGCCAGUAACGACAUGAGACCAGUCCUCUGUUUUCAGCUUUGGCAUUUUUAGGUCUGGUGUGUUUCACGUGUUGAACAGUAUCACGCUGAGAACCACUGGCUACUAAACCAGAGCAGGAGAGACUCACUGAAACACUGCUGCUGGGUUCAUCUGGAAAUAAGCCUGUUUACGUUUGACAGAUUGGUUUCACGUUCUGCAUUUAUUCCCUGAAUAUGAAAGAACCCAAUCAGAAUAAGCUGUCAGUUUUCUACCUACUGUGCACAUCUUGAGGGUUUAUGGACGUUGGCGGUUUUGCAGGGUGAGACUUUUAUACUGUGUUGUCCGUCGUUAAAAGACUCAAACUGUAUGAAGAAUUGUCCUGAGUCUUGGUGUGAUAAGUAUCAAACAAGUGUCUUCAUUCAACAGGGUCAUUCAUUUAACACAGAAGGAUGUAGAUGUUUUCAUAUGUUUGCAUUGUUUUCUCUGUGUGUCCGUCUUUUCUCUAUUCGUGUAAAUGUAGUUUUGUGAGUGGGUCACACAUUAAAGUAACUGCUACCUUGGUA